CGAGGGCGGGAGCGGCGGCGUCGCGGACGGCAGUGAGGAGGAGAUGCCAGGAAGAGAAGCAGCAGCAGCAGCAGAGCGGUGAUGGCGGCGAGAAGAAGAAGAAGCAAGAGAAGGAGAAGAGGACGUUCCUGAGCCUGGAGGAGGCCGGGCUGGUGGAGAUGUCCGGGCUCAGCACCCACGAGCGCUUCCUCUGCCGGCUCACCAUCUCGUCGCUGAACCUGCUGCGGGUGAUCUCGGAGCAGGAGGGGGUGGCGAUGGAGGAGCUCAACGCCGGGCGGGUGUGCGACUGGUUCCUCAAGGACAAGCUCAAGCGGGAGCAGAACCUCGACACCGCCGUCCUGCAGUGGGACGACCCGCCGCCCAUCUGACCCCGCCGCCUUUGGGUGUCUGCUGCCCUUUUCUUUCCUGUCAGUUCCGUCGUCGACAGAUAUCUCCCUCUCCCACAGCAGAAAAUACUAGGAGUAGUACGAACGAAGGACCGAUCGAGGAUGCAUGGACGCUGGGCAGACCAGGGGAGGAGAGGACAGAUCGUUCAGAGUUGAGACAACUAUACAUGAUAGAUGAUGCUUCAUUGCCUUCCAUAUACUACUUUGUUGCUAAAACGGAUGUAUCGAGCACUGAAAUACGUCCGUCUAAACAGGGACUAAUUGUUGUCCCGUGUUACCCAUGAACCCUAGAACGUUUUUUUAUCGAUCCA